AUGGGAAGGGACCGUCCAUGGGGAAGACAAGGCGUCACCCAACCACCUUCUCCUCGACUCGGUCCUACCUUGACCACGAUCGAGCACGAUGAUCUACAUUUCUCAAGGAAGGACUGGAAAAUCACCGACGUCCGUGAUAUUGCAUCGUACAACUGGUUGAAUCGGAAGACUGCAACCAUUAUGAUCCCCGGGAAGCCACCUGCCUGGACCCCUUUGUCUGAACCGACCAAGCUCAAAGAAGACGCGGGCCAAUACUUUCGUGACCAGAAUGCCGCCCGAUACCCCUCCUAUCCCUUCCAGCCUGCAGUUGAGGCGAUCUUUGAAACAUAUCCAGGCUUCCCCACUGCCGAAGUAGACAUCGUGGGCUGUGGUAGUACAUUGGGCAAUCUGCUGCGUUUCGCCAGGAAUAUUGAUAAGAAGUUUCGCUUUGUCGUGCAAUGUGUGGGAAGGACCGUGUUCCUGAUCCGCAGAGAGAAUUCACCCACUCAGACAAUUCCUGACGUUCGGGGCUACGGUCAUACAUUCCCAGAAGCCUAUACCACGUGGGAUGCAGAGGUCAAAGGGUCCGACUCACAUCAGCGGAUUAUUCAGUAUUCUCUUGGAGGAUUGAACUGUCUCGUUCGAUUCGAGGCGGAUGGGUACCACCUUGACUUGAUUGCUGAGAAAAGCCCGGGAGAACACUCUACGAAACAGGGCAGUGCUGCGCAGGAUGAGAGGACGGUCGAUCAACUCCUAGGUGCUUUCAAUGAUAGCUCAAUCAGUUCAUAUUAUUCGGCCAACAAGGCUCUGACUAGGGAAAUCGGAGGAGGAUACAUUCCCCAGGCAGCCAUCUUCGACCUUAAGACCCGUUCCAUUCGCCGGAAGGAACAGGACUUCCUAGGGGAACAGCUGCCUCGGUUGUGGAUCUCCCAAAUUCCCAAUACUGUUCUUGCCUUCCAUCGUUUUGGGGUGUUUGAAGAAAUACAAAAGACUGACGCUCGAGAGAUGAUCGGAAAGUGGGAAACCGAGGAAGAAGACAGCCUACGUAAGUUUGUGGAAUUGUUGAAUAUGUUGGUAGCGUUUGCGAGGGGCCAGCCCGAUGGUCAGUUGGAAGUGUUCCACGAUGAAGGCAGUUCGGUCCUGGAGUUGAGGGAGGUUGGAGACAAUGUUAAUAAAGCUCUACCGGAGCAGGUUGAAGACAGGUGGGUUUUGAAUGGUUGA